CUUCCUAAUUCUGCCCUUUUCCAUAUUUUUCCUUAAUUUUCUAUUGGUAUCUUUUUUUUGUUCUGCAUUCCUGUUUCGGUAAUUGAAGGAAGAGGAAGGCGAAAAAAGAGAAUAAAAAAUAUGGAGAGAAAUCAAAGCUCCAAUUCCAAGUUGAACAUAGCCAUCAUACACCCAGAUCUUGGCAUAGGUGGAGCUGAAAGAUUGAUUGUUGAUGCGGCUGUUGAAUUAUCAUCCCAUGGGCACAAUGUUCAUAUUUUCACAGCUCACCAUGACAAAAAUCGAUGCUUUGAGGAAACCCGUGCUGGUAUCUUUCCAGUUACUGUAUAUGGCGACUUCCUGCCACGACAUUUUUUCUAUCGUCUUCAUGCUGUUUGUGCAUAUCUUCGAUGCAUCUUUGUUUCACUUUGUGUGCUGUUCAUGUGGCCAUCAUUUGAUGUUAUACUAGCAGAUCAGGUCUCUAUUGUUGUCCCAUUGUUGAAACUUAAGCGGUCAGCCAAGGUUGUAUUUUAUUGUCAUUUUCCAGAUUUGUUACUGGCUGAACAUACAACUUUCCUGAGGAAGAUAUACCGGAAACCUAUUGAUUUUUUAGAAGAACUGACAACAGGAAUGGCGGAUAUGAUACUCGUUAAUAGCAGAUUUACUGCAUCUACCUUUUCAAAAACAUUUAAGCGUCUUCACGCACAAGGAAUUAGACCAGCUGUUCUUCACCCUGCAGUUAAUGUGGACCAGUUUGAUGAGCCCCAUUCUUAUAAGUUGAAUUUUCUCUCCAUCAAUCGUUUCGAAAGGAAAAAGAACAUAGAGUUAGCAGUUUCUGCUUUUGCUGCGCUCCACACCCUUGAAGGACAUGUUAAUCAAACUUCUAAGUUGGCUUAUGCCGACUUAACGAUUGCCGGUGGAUACGAUAGACGCCUAAGGGAAAACGUAGAAUACUUUGAGGAACUGAAAAACUUAGCGGAGAGUAAAGGAGUUUCUGAUCGGGUUAAUUUCGUUACAUCUUGUUCAACCGCAGAAAGGAAUUCGCUGCUCUCUCAGUGCCUUUGUGUCCUUUACACUCCAACAGAUGAACAUUUCGGCAUUGUUCCAUUAGAGGCAAUGGCAGCGAAAAAAUCAGUUAUAGCUUGCAACAGCGGGGGUCCAGUGGAAACGAUAAAGGACGGGGAAACAGGGUUUCUUUGUGAUCCAAGUCCAAAGGACUUUGCUUUGGCCAUGGCUAAACUCAUUCAAGACCCUGAGAUGGCAAGGCGAAUGGGGGAACAGGCUAGACAGCAUGUCAGUGAAUCAUUUUCGACAAAGACAUUCGGCCAGCGUUUGAAUCAGUUUCUCCUGGAUGUUGCUAGAACUAAGCAGGACUGAUAAUGGGGGGGAUACACAAUGAUGCCUGACCUUUUUUGAAAACAUAAUUUGACAGACAAUCAACAUUGUUGGAUUUUACGGCUACUAGUUAAUUUUUAUCUGUGUUUGUGAAUCCCAAAGUAUAUAUUAUCAUCCA